AUGGCUCCUAGAAUUCCGAGACUUGCCCGGAAGAAAAAAGCUGAUAAACAUCACAACACGUCAAAGUCUGGACAGAAUAAGAGUCCGUCUCACCAAGCAUCGGAGGAGUUCAUUGCUGCGAGGUUGGAGCAACCUGGACGAAAUUCACGUAAGGAAUUCGCUGAAGACUUCUGCAUGGACGAUGAGGCCACAUUAAAUCUGAAGAAGCUAUUCAGCGCCAAGUCCCGCAUUACCCACAGAAUGGCGUACACCGAGAACCUGGGGAAAAGUCUUCCUGUGUCUGAAUCAGGGAGUCCACCACCGAGGGAGGAAGCCCAACCUUACCGGCAUUAUCAGUCGCAAUCCAUUAAUCGUCCAUGGCAAACUGCUCCUGUUGACGUAACUGACUACAUCAAGAGCCUGUGGGAAAGUGCUCCUGUGUCUGAAUCAGGGAACCCACCACCAAGGGAGGAAGUCCAGCCUGACGCCUAUCAUCAGUCGCAAUUCAGCAGUCAUCAAUUGCAAAUUGAUAAUUACCUGCAGAACUUGAUCCACCAUCAGCAGCAUCGCCCCCACCUGGAGGUGAUUAACAAUCGAAUAACUUCAGGUGCCGUUGACGUAACUGACUACAUCAAGAGCCUGUGGCAAAAUCUUCCUGUGUCUGAACCAGGGUGCCCACUGCCAAGGGAGGGAGUCCAGCCUGACGCCUAUCAUCAGUUGCAAUUCAGUAGUCAUCAAUUGCAAGCUGAUAUUUAUCAGCAGGCGUGGACCCACUAUCAGCAGCAGCAUCACCACCGACUGGAGGUCAUUAACAAACGAUUGACUUCAGCUCCUGUUGACUCAAUUAGCUACUAUUGUGCUUUUUUUGAGCUGAAGAAUUAUCUGAAUAGUUUAUCCGUUUUUAAUGGGGGGUUCAUUUUUAUGAUAAACAUUUGGUAG